GAAGAAGAAGAAUUCUUCACUGGGAGACUCCCUUGUGUUGAUAACGAAAGCAAACUCGACAGGAAUAAAAGAAAUAAGACUUAAAAACUAACAUAACCAUCACAUUAAUGUUCAUUCAGAUCUUUGUGGCACCAAAUGCAUUGAAAGUCACAGGUCAGCUGGAAUUCUGGAAAGAGGGUGCAAAGAAAAAGGAUCUGCCUGAAUCCCAUCCUGCUGUUUCUCAUCGGAGAGCUUGUCAACUUUGACUGUCAAAAUUACUGAAAUUUAACACAACACAAACUCAUUUUUAAUGUAUUAUUUGAAUUUUAUUAACACUACCAGUCAAAAGUUUUUGAACAGUAAGAUUUUUAAUGCUUUUAAAGAAGCCUCUUCUGCUCAACAAGCCUGCAUUUAUUUGAUCCAAAGUACAGCAAAACAGUACAAUUUUGAAAUAUUUUUUACUAUUUCAAAUAAAUGUUUUCUAUUUCAAUAUACUUUAAAAAUUUAAUUUAUUCCUAUCAUCAAAGCUGAAUUUUUAACAUCAUUACUCCAGUCUUCAGUGCCACAUGAUCCUUCAGAAAUCAUUCUAAUAUUCUGAUUUGCUGCUCAAAAAAACUAUUAUUAUUAUUAUUAUUUUGAGUCAAAUUUUUUCAGGUUUCCUUGAUGAAUAGAAAGUUCAAAACAGCAUUUAUCUGAAAUAGAAAUAUUUUGUAACAUUAUAAAUGUCCUUAUUUUUAUCCAUCCUUAUUAAAUAAAAGUAGUAAUUCGUAUAUAACUCUCGCGGUACUUUGAUGCCACACGUGACAGUGACGUGGCGUCUGCGCCGGUUCAAGUCGGACAAAUUUUCUAACCGGCAUGCACUUCUUCAAGUCAGCCGCCGGUCGGUUUUCAUGGCGCCGCAUGAAGUCGAACACACCUGAAGACUUGUCAGAUAAGAGGUGAGGUGAGCUAAUCAAGACCCAGGUAAACGAUGAAUUAAUAUUUUCUGUUUCUUAUAGCAUUAUAGUUUGUAUUGUUUGUAGUGUGAUCAACGUUUGCAUAAGUAGUAGAUGUGUUAGGGAAGUAACACGUAACAUUUUAAUUAUAUUUUGCUAAAAUGAACGAAAUGACUCGAAAAAAGAUUCGUUCAUUUUGCUGAACGAGACUCAAAGGUCCGAGUCAGUAAAAUGAUCCGAACUUCCCAUCACUAGUUUGAACACACACGUGACCAGAAGCUCCGCCCUCUUACAACACUCAGCAGGAAGAGACUGAUUCGUUUCUCUCUUCUGUCAGACUGGCUCUCGAUGUCUCGACAAAAGCUAACAAGAAUCAGUGAUCUGUGACGAAUGAAGAAAGAUGCUUUCAAGAAGGGUUUUUGAGCAGUUUCUUUGGGAUUCAUUUUUGAAAGAAUCAUUCAGAAAGUGAAAGUAAAGUUAAUACUGCUGGAGCUCAAACAGUGACGAUGGCUUCAUCAGCUAAAUAUGAUUAUAUUUGUCCUGUAUGUCAUGAAAUCUUCAAGACUCCUGUUAUUCUAUCGUGUAGUCACAGUUUCUGUAAAGAGUGUCUUCAACAGUUCUGGAGAACCAAACAAACUCAGGAGUGUCCCGUCUGCAGGAGAACUUCAAGACAUCAACCUCCAGUUAAUCUUGCUUUAAAAAAUUUGUGUGAGUCGUUCCUGAAGAAGAGAAAUGAGAGACGUUCAUCUGAGGAGUUCUGCAGUUUACACAGAGAGAAACUCAAACUCUUCUGUCUGGAGGAAAAACAGCCUGCGUGUUUAGUGUGCUUUACUUCACAGCAACACGACAAUCAUAACUUCAGACCCAUCAGUGAAGUGGUUUCAACACAUAAGGAGGAGCUCAAUACAGCACUGAAGUCCUUACUGGAGAAACGUCAACACAAAGAAAACAUUAAAGGAGAGUUUGAGAAAACACUUCAACACAUCAACUCUCAAGCUGAGCACACAGAGCGUCAGAUUAAACAGCAGUUUGAGAAGCUUCAUCAGUUUCUCAGAGAUGAAGAAGAAGCUACAAUCACUGCACUGAGGGAGGAAGAGGAGCAGAAGAAGCAGAUGAUGAAGGAGAAGCUGGAGGAGAUGAACAGACACAUAUCAGCUCUUUCACACACAAUCAAAGACACGGAGGAGAUGAUGAAAGCCAGUGAUGUCCGCUUUCUGAAGGAGUUUCCAGUCUCAAUGGAAAGAGUCCAGAUCUCAUCACAGCCAGACCCACAGACGCCUUCUGGAGCUUUGAUUCAUGUGCCACGUUACCUGGGCAACCUGCCCUUCAGAGUCUGGAAGAAGAUGCAGGACAUCGUCCAGAACACUCCUGUGAUUCUGGAUCCAAACACGGCACAUCCACAUCUCGUCCCGUCUGAUGAUCUGACCAGUGUGAGAUGGAACUGGAACAAACUACCUCUUCCUGAUAAUCCAGAGAGAUUUGACUCGUAUCCCUGUGUUCUGGGUUCAGAGGGUUUUAACUCAGGAACACACUGCUGGGAUGUGGAGGUCAAAGAGAGUUCAGACUGGAUUCUUGGAGUAACUACAGCAUCAAACCAAAGGAAAGGACGUGAUUUCUAUAAAACUGGUGUCUGGAGUGUGUGGUACGAUCAGUAUAGCCUGUCUGAGCAGCCUGUCUUUGGCUUUCGUGUUGAACAGCAGCUUGAUCGUGUGAGAGUGAAUCUGGACUAUGACAGAGGAACGGUGUCAUUCUCUGAUCCUGUAACUAACACACAUCUACACACAUUCACAACCUCCUUCACUCACACACUCUUUCCAUUCUUCUGCUGUUAUACUAUUUUCACUCUGAGGAUCUUACCGUUCAGUAGCUAGUAAAUAUUACUCCUGUAGGUCCGGACCUCCCUGCUUUCGUCAUGUUUCCAAUAUUUAAUCCAGAUCACAUGAGUAAGAGUGCAGCUGAUAUGAAUAACAGUACUGCUGUGAUUGGCCCGUGAUGACCACAUGACUGAUAUCCAGCUCUACAGCAACACUUACACUCUCAUAUUGCUCUUAUACAACAGUACCAGCUGCAUGAUUUUAAAAGUCGUCCGAUCGCUGCUCUUCUCACACUGCAUGACUGUCUGGAGUAAAAUGUAGUUGCUGUUGUGUGCAUACUACACGACUGAUCGGCGACAGGGGGUCACACAUUACACAACUUCUCAGUAGGAAGUAGGAAUCGCCAGCAACUCUGCCUUGUAUUUAAACCACGCUUCACAACAGAUCAAUGAACUUUCCCUUGCCCCUUAUCUUGCUCUCUCAUUGGCUGUAGGUCAAAAUUCAUUUCCAGGCAAAACUCAUUUCAAACUGCAAGACUGAGUUGCCAACAGGUCCAGAUAUAUAACAUGCCAAAUAUCUCACAGGCAUGGGCGAUGCGUCAGUACACUCUGAGUGGGUCUUUCAUAACACACACUACAUGAUUGUCACACACGUGAACAAGCACCAAUUUGGCUCCGAUUUUGGGCAGUUGUUGGCAAUUUCCACAAAACUAUCAGCAAGUGAAAAUCAGGGCUAAAAUCAUGCAGUGUGAACCCAGCAUAACUUUCGACUUAAAGGGGUCAUGAACUGCCUUUGUUUUUUUUGUUUUUUUGUACUGUUCUCUGAGGUCCACUUAUAAUUUUAUCAAUAUUUUUACAUUAAAAAACAUCAUUUAGAAGUAAUAGGCUAUUUUCUGUCCUGCAUUUAUCCCCCUUCAGCAAAACGCUCUGUUUGAAUAGCUGUGGUGGAUUGUAGCCUCGGAAGUAAAUGCCCACUGCUAUGAUUGGCUAACAGUGUACAUUCAUUCCUCAUAGGGAUGCACAGUAUACCGGCCUUUUUAAGCAUUUGUUGCUUGCUCAUCCUGAUCUUUUCAGAGAAUUAAGAGAUCGACAGCACACAUCCGGGAACUGCAGGAAAAGCAGUAGAGUACCGAUCCAUGAUCGCCAUCUGCUGUUAGACGUCCUCACCAGCAGGUGGUGCUAGCGGCUGUCAACGGCUACAUCAACAGGCCUUUACAAAGCGCCAUGUGCCAAGAUGGACCAAGCGGGAGACAACGAAGUGCUAAGGUCCGCAAGGCACCUUCUCUCACUUUUGACGCAUCAAGAGCGAGCCGAUGGGCCUUCCACCAGUCAAGAUAUGAACCGAUCAUCUCAGGUUGUCAGACCGAGAGUUCCAACUCAGGGACCACCAUCAGUUCAGUCAGAAAUGACUAGGUCCUUUCCUGGAUUAUUCACAAAUCGUAGGGGGAAACGACGAUUCGCUGGCACAGGUCCUUUGCCAGUUAAACCCAAACCAUUUCAGGUGACAUUUCACCUACUUCCGGGCCAGUGUGAACGGUCCCCUAGUGGUCCAGAUCAGCUUCUACAUACUCAAGCAGGACUAGGACGCAGAACUGCGGUCCUAGAUGAAAAUAUGACACAUCAGGAGUUAUGUGAUAAACUCGCCGAAUUAUAUCCUAAACUUGGUGGGGUAAUGGGUGGUUGGCUUCUUUACAAAGCAUCAGGCACAGUUGUCUUGAACCGAGCCUGAGCAAGAUUGCCUCCCCUCCCCACUCCCCCACUGGCCUGUACUCACACUUGCACUUAAAGGAAUAAUUCACCCAAAAAUGAAAAUUUGCUGUUAAUUUACAUGCCCUCAGGCCAUCCAAGAUGUAGGUGACUUUUUUUUCUUUAGUAGAACAGUAAAGAAGAUUUUUAGCUGUAAUUGUGGUCCUCCAGUAUUCAUAUAAUGGAAGUCAAUGGUGCCAUCACUUUGAGAUUCAAAAAAACACUCGCAGGAAAAACAUGAUUAAUACAUAAUUAAUACCCGUGGCUCCUGAUAAUGCAUUGAAGUGUCAUGAAGUGAAAUGAUCGGUUUGUGCAAGAAACUGAACAUUUACAACAUUAUUACCUGUAAUCCAGAGCUUGGGUGAACGGUCCUGAGCAUGUACACAGCGAUAUUAAAUUAAUAGUAGUUAAGAUUGAUGUGGUUUUGAAUUGUUAAAAUAUAAACAGAAUAUCAAUAAGCAUAAUAAUUAGCAUAAUAAUUAUGCAAGCACUUUAUAUGUGUGUGUGUGUAGAAAGCAAAGGAGAAUAAUAUUUUGCUUGGGUUUAAUGCAAAUUGUAUGUCAUCAGAGACAUCUGCUUUAGGACCAGAUUGACUAAACUGCGCAAAUUAGUGUCUGCUGUAAAAUAUGCAUUAAAUGGCACACAUACCUGUAAAUUGAUGACAAACCUUAGUAAAUGAUGUGUGAUUUAGUGUGAUUCGUGUUAUUCCAAACCUUUGUGAGUUUCUGUUCUGCUGUACAUAAAAGAAGAUAUUUUGAAAAAGCUGGUAAACUAACAGCUGACGGUACCCAUUGACUUCCAUUGUAGGGAAAAAAAUACUAUGGAAGUCAAUGAGUACCGUAAACAUUUCUUAAAAUAUCUUGUGUUCUUUAGAACAACAAAAACUCCUUCAAAUCCAUAUGCAAUGAGGUGAGCCACAAAAUAACUGUCCACACCUUUUAGUGAUAUUUUUUUCUCUGUCUCUUUAGUAAAUCCUGAUAGUUUUUAACUCCAAAAGAGGGGUUGCGUUGGCACAAGCUGUUAGUAAAUCUGGUCUUUAUGUGGCAAGGUGGGUGACGUAAUCUUUUCACAUUGGCUCAUUAACGUGUGAUUAUCACCCAUAAUAGUCCAUUAGAAUCCGGGUAUUUAAGGCUGGAGUUAUGCCACUUGGUGUGCGUCACGGCUGGGGCUGCCCUUAUGGAGUGCGGGUGUACAGGUGCGUGCUGAAUGGCCACUUGAUGCUGUGCGUGGGUUGCAGGUUGUUCACUACAUGUCAGGUAUGCGUUCACUGGCACUACGCGCUGCUCGUUUGGCGUCGGGUGGUGUUAACCGGUGUUGAUUCACUUUUUUUUAGCAGUGAAAUUCUUCGGUGACUGUGUCCUCCUGCACGAGAUUCUAUGCUUGUGAGCUGAGAGCAACGGUGCGAUUCAUGUGGCACCAUGAUUCAUUUGGGCACUGUCGGGCCCCUAGGCUGGGAGGCUGGCUGGCUUCGUGUACUGGUGGUGGUAUAAUCGGGUGGAGUGCAGUGCUGCUUGGAAUCACGCUUCACGUGUGUGCGUGUGUGAUGCACUAGCGUAUAGAUCGGAUCUUCACUUCAGCUAGCCUGCCCUUGCCGUUUGGCCAGCCUAUGUUUGUUUCUUUGUUGUUUUUUUGAGGUUGGGGAAGUCGUAAACUCACCCUAGUGGCACCUGCAGACUGUGGGUACACAGGCAGGCUCAUUAAAGCUACUAAAAUAGGACAGAAUUCAGUCCUCUACAUAGCUCCUCUUCAGGAUGAGCUUGACACUGCUCCCUUACCACCAUCUUCUGAAGCCUUUCGUGACAUGCCUAAAGCAAUAUGCAAGAAAUGCAAUGUAUCAUACCCACUUCAACUUCUAACUAAUCACAUUAAGUGAACAACACAGCUGAGUUUUCAAUCAUGGAUAAUGAUUGGAAGACUCAUCUGGACCCAAAAAUAGCUGCAUUCUUAUACAGAAAAGAAAUUCUCCGGCUACAUGAGACAGGGAAGCCUCUUUUCAUGUGUAUGGAUAUAAGAUCAAGUCCUGAAGAACAGGACCGGCAGCUAAUCAACUUUUACAAGCAAAGAAAUGUGGAGUGGGCAUGUCCUGUUAAAUGCCAGCUUCAAGGGGAUGUUGCAGUUGGUGAUUGUCCAGGCACUUUUUUUCUACAGUUCUUGAAAAACUGAAAUAUGGUUUCAGUUUGAACUUGGGAAACACUGGAGUUACUUGCCUCUUUGAGGGAGAGCCAGACCACUUGGUGCCUUCAUCGUCACAAUUCCUUAUUGAAAGCGAUCUCUUCCUAGUAGCGGGGAGAAUGCUAGGCCAUUGCUUUCUGCAUGGCGGCCCAUGUCUUGCAGGGCUCAGCAGAGCUUUUGUUCAUGUUCUGCUUCAAGGUUCUCAGGAUACAGCCACUUUGCAAUUGGAAGAUUGCCCAGAUGUUGACAUACGUGAGACCAUUAACUUGCUCCGUGGACAGUCUCCAUUGAAUGAGGAUGAGUACAGUAAGGUCCUGGAACUUUGUUUGUCUUGGGAUCUUCCUGGUCCAACAGAUGAAAAUAGAAGGUGGCUUUAUGAACGUCUGUUGUCUCAUGCGGUUAUUGGAAGAAGAACACGCCAAAUUAAACGAGGGCUAAAAGACACUUUUGUUUGGCCUCUUCUAACUGAGAGGACUGAUGUGGUAUUCUUUCCAAAGGAAUCAGAAGACUUAUGCACCUCUGAGAUGCUGCUUUCCCAUAUUUCCUGGCCUACAGAGAGUGACAAUGAAGAUGACGAAUACUCAGCUGAUACAAAGGAACAGAUCACAGGGUAUUUAAGGCAAUUCAUUGAGACAGCAUCUGCCAAGGACCUAAAAGACCUUUUGAAGUUCUGGGUCGGAUGGGACCGGAUGGAGGCAAAUAUGGCUGUGGAAGUUGUGAAAAGUGAUCUCCCAAAAUCCUCUACCUGCUUCUGUGUUCUUCGGCUACCAGGGCACUACAAUGAUUUCCAGUCCUUCACAAAUGACUUGACGAUGUGCAUUGGUACUUGCAAGUAUGGUUUUGGCCAGGUGUAAUUUUUAGACAAGUACAUGUUACAUUUGUUACACACACUUUUAUGAGAUGCUGUUCUGUACUUUGUUAAAAUCUACCUUUCAAGCUUGAUUUGUACUUCUUUAGUGUACAUUAUGCAUACUAUGUUCAUGCUUUCAUAUUUUGAUACUAUGCUAUAAGAUAUAGUACAUUCCAUGUUUAAGUAAUGGGCUGAUGUCUUAUAUAUUACACCCAUUUUAUAAGCUUACAUUGUUACACAAUGGAUUGUUCAUGCAUGGGUUUAUGCAGUGGUUUUAGUAAUGUUCCAUAGCUUGUCAGAAUCUGUAGAAUAUUUAAAAGUAGGCCUACUUUCUUUUAAAGUAUUUUAAUUUCAAACAUUUGGAUAAAUUCAGUGCGACCACAAGCAAUACAUUUUAGCAAUAGUCUGUUCUUGUUGAAUCGAUAUUUGUAUAAUCUAUUGUGCAUGCUCAUUAACUAAAAGAUGUGAAAUAAUAAAAUAAACUACACAUUC